UAUUAUUUAUUUAAAUUGUUUUGAACUUUUGGUGCUGUAAAAUGGAUAUUUAUAGCAAUUUGUAAAACAUAUUAAGGAAUAGCUCCCCUCGUACCACAAAAUGGUACAAUCCAGAAGUCCCAUUCAUAAAAUGAAACAGGCAGCUCUGUGCGUGAGUCAGAGUGACUGAGACCUUGCUGAGAGUAGGAUACAUACCAUGUACAGAGACUUCACUGGAACUUACCCUCAUCAAGACAUAGGGUGCAGCAGCAGUCACAGCCUACAGAACCCACCACCUGCUUCACUAUUAGGUGUAGUUGGAAUGGGGCAUAGUGCCACAACUUCCCCAUCUUCUGAUACACAGCAGAAAUACCCCAGUCACAGCACAUCAAGUUCAUUUGUACCAACAUUAAACGCUAUCACAUCAAGUCAAGACUUUAACUGGAUGGUGCAGCCUAACGUGAGAUCGCUGACAUUACCGCCUUACCACAACUCUCGCCAUGGAGUCAUCAGAAGUAUGGGAAAUGUUCUUGGAAUGGGAAGAAGAAGACACGCUGAGCAGGUUCCACCAGAAGAGGAGGAGAGAAGGAGAGUGCGGAGAGAAAGGAACAAAAUUGCUGCAGCAAAGUGCAGGAACAGACGUAAGGAGCUGACUGAUUAUUUACAGGCAGAGACGGACAAACUUGAAGAAGAGAAAUCUGCUCUUCAGAAGGAGAUUGCUGAGCUGCAGAAGCAAAAGGAUAAGUUGGAACUCAUCUUCGAUGCCCAUCGUCCCAUCUGCAAAGUAACUCAACCCCACCAACAAGAUCAGAAGAUGUCCUCUCCCAAACUAGUCAAGAAGGAACUUUGCGAAGAACCCAAUAAGGUUUCCAAAGCCAACCUUCCUAAAAUCAAGUUAAGUCAAACCCUUGUGGAACCUGAGACUCUACACACUCCAACCUUGAUGAAGACUCCAUCGAUUACCCCUUUUACUUCAAGUUUAGUAUUUACAUAUCCUGGUCCUCAGGAGACCUGCUCAACUGCACACCGUAGAUACAGCAGUAGCAGCAGUAGUGGGGAACAGAGCCCUCAAUCCCUUGGCUCUCCAAGCUUAUUGACUCUUUAAAACUAAUGCAGAUCAUUAUGAUGUGUAUUCUACUGGCUGUCAAUCAAACUUUAAGAGAUCCAUGCUAAUCCCCCAAUCUCUUAUAAGGAUCUCUAUUCACUUACAUUGUAAGGCAUGCUAUCACUUAAACCUAUAAAGGCUGCUAUCACUUUCCCCUAUAUAAAAUAUGCUUUCCCUAUAAGGGAUUUUAUCCAGAUGCGUAACCUCUAGUUAGGUUACAAGGAAAGUUAAUGGCAGAGCCAGAUGAAACGGUGACUUCCGUUAAACGGUCACAAACAAAGUCAACGGCUGAGCCGAAUCAGACGGAUGACAUUUUAUUUUACAUAGGCUUGCCAAAAAAUUCAUAAGCAGAGCUUGGUUUCUCUGUAUUUAUUUAAAUAAUAUUUUUAUAUGGUUGUUUAAAAGAGGUAUAAGUAUAAAUUUUGAUAAUGAGAUUUUAAUAAAAUACCCCAGGAUUAAGACAAAUAAAAUAUUUUUGUGGUCAAAAUGCUCUUGCAUGCAUGUAUAUAUGUCUGGGGAUUGAUAGAUAGAUAGAUAGAUAGAUAGAUAGAUAGAUAGAUAGAUAUGUUAUGGAUGGAUAAUAGACAGUAAAUAUAUAUGAUAUAGAUAGAUAGAUUUUUUUAAACCUAAGUAGUUGUCUCUGGCUGCUGGCCAAUCAGGGACAGCUAUGAUAACAAUUUUGUACUCUAUGUUCUACUGAAUAACAGAAAUAUUUUUACAAGCAGCAGUGGUUUUACAGGGUUGCACAGAGUUUCAAAAGCACCCCUAAUAUUUUAUGUCACACUCCCAUUAAUCUAGGGUGACCAUAUUGCCGCUUCAAAAAGGGACACAUAUGAAAAAUACAUAUGUCAGGGCGGUUUAAAAAAAAAUGUUUUGAAUAAUGUUCCAUUAAAAGAACCCUGACAUAUGUAUUUUUCAUGUGUCCCUUUUUAAAGCGGCAAUAUGGUCACCCUAUAUUAAUCUCAUAGCACUGAGAAAGAGCAUGAAAACUGCCCCUCUCCUUUUAUGUCCAUUCCUCCUUGACCACACCCAUGCGCUGCCUUACCAUAUAGUCCUAACCAUAUAGUUAAGCUACCAAACAAACUAACCUCACCCAUGGCACACUCGGCUCUUUCCCAGAACACCUGUAACCCUGACUCCACCCUUCUGACUUCACCCAUGAUAACCCACAACUCUGAUUCAUUCCCUAACAUCCUGGUCCAUGCAUGAAGCUUUGCUGAGUAAGUGUUUGCCCUCCCCAUAAAUGUACUUUCUAGAACCGCCAUUGGAAGAAAAAAACAUUUAUGGGAAUGGAGGUGUGGCAGGAAUCGAAGAAAAUAAAUAUAUAUAAACUCCAGUUCAUAUCUUGAAAAAUGUUGGAAUUAGUUGCUCUUUGGGAACGUUUCAGUGAUAGGUUUGAUAUCAGAGAUUUUUUGUUGAAACUUUCCCUAAAAAGUAUUAGAUAAAUGGGAGUAAUUUGUUUUUUUUUCCUAGCAAUUGGGCUAAGGAUCUGACAUUAUUCCCAUGGUUAAGUCCAUAAGAAGGGGGGGUGUCUCCUACAAGAGGAGAUGCCCAAGGUGUGUCCUUUAGAUAGAAGGAGACGAUCCAUAGUUGGCACUGAUAAUAGUCUGUAUUGUCUCAAUAAUAUUACAUUGGAUUGUGUUGUAUGUGACUUUUAUACUGGAUCUGUAUGUGACUAGCAAAUAAAACAAUGUUGGUUAACAGCAAA